AUGGCCGAGGAUCAGACUGGUGAAACUCCGGCAGCGCCUGAGAGAGAGGCGACCCCUAUUUUCCGGCCCGCGGAACCACACGAGGAUGAUAUGCUGUCUAGAAUACUGUGUAAUGCAUUUCUUCCCCUCUGGAACCACAACUGGUUCCACGGCGUGUCACGGCCCCUAGAGCCCGUGAUGAUCGGUACACCCACCAGCAAACCACAUAUGAACAGCCUGCAAAAGUCGCGGGUCCGCUUUUAUCGAAGCCUGAUCAGCAUGACGAGGUUGCUCGAUGGCUUGGUUCUGGUCGCGGAGAUUAACCCGCCGGCGGUUGAAUCUGACGGCAACAACGCGACGACCACCAAGCAGGCCGACAUAGGAGCGGUCCUGCUUUGGCUACCUCCGAAGAAGCGAAUGGGGACGUUCGACCUGCUCACACUCUGGCGCUCCGGCUUCCUGGGCCUCAUGCUGCCCUGGCAAUACGGCCUGACGGGCUUCUACCGCAUCCAGCUUGUCUUUGAGGAGAACAUCCACAAGAUGUGGACAAGGACGCUGCCGGACCUGCCGCCCCACGGGUUCAAGGAGGGCGAAUGCGGCUUUGUCCAGAUGAUCGCGAGCAAUCCCAAAUACUCCGGGAAGCGAUACGCGUCGGUCCUGCUGAACUACCAGAUCGAGCAGCACUUUGCCGAGUUCCCCGAUCGGCCCGUGAUUCUCGACACGACGACCACACAGGGGAUCCGCGCGUACGAGAAACUUGGCUUCAAGCUCCUCGCCGAAGUAUCCGUGGAUAGCGGGACCGAUGCGCAAGGGAUGAAGCUAAAGUCCAAUGCGAGCGGGGAGAUCAAGACGGAGGCGAGGGAGACUUGUAUUCAGCGGGUUAUGGCGAGGCUUCCAUGA